AUUUUGGUCCAAUGGCGUCACACCUGUGCUUCGUGAGGCCCUCCAGGAUGAGCCUGCAGCGAGCCGUCGACGACGACGACGGCGCCAUGACGGCGGCCGAGUUCAAGGAGUGGCUCCGGGGGUUCGACGCGGACGGGGACGGGCGCAUCAGCCGCGACGAGCUGCGGCGCGCGAUGCGGGUGCUGCGUGUGCGGUUCACGGGGCGGCGGGCCAGGCGCGGCAUCAGCUACGCCGACACCGACGGCGACGGAUACAUCGACGACAGCGAGAUCGACGGCCUCGUCGAGUUCGCGAGGAGGAACCUCGGCGUCCGGAUCGUCGCAUGUUAGGAGAACAGAGUUCUACGUACUGCCUACGUACGUGCCGCGCGCACGGGAUGACUCAUGUAAGUAGAAUAAGGUCAUCUCAGAUGCGAAAAUUAGUAAACCGUAUUAUGUUCUGUAGUUUUGCUUCUUUUCCACUACAACUGAAGCCGUGCGCUGAAUUAUAUAGUAGGUGCAUGGCUUGCGCAGUUGCAUGACUGGCUAGUGUUGCUACUGCUCGCUACCAAACCGUUUAGGAAGAGUUUCAUGCAGAUGCAUAGAAAUUAUCAUUUCCCUUUUCCUUGUGUGAAUUUACAGUAUACUUUCUCCGAACUCACUGAAAAAUGUAAGUCGCGUCUGGAUUUACAAGACCCCA